AUGUCGGCCGUCAAUUUACUCAAGUCCCCCGACGACCGCAACACUUGGUACAUUGGCCCCUAUGGAAUGUUUGAAAUUGGACCACUGCGCUUUCCGCGGAGCCGGAAGAGCGUGACGUACGUGCAUGGACGGGCGUCCGGGGAGACGUGGGCUACACAUGAGGAUGGUGAGGCUGUACAGGCGGAGUUCGGCGUAGAGAUGGGACAUGGAGAUGUUGUGGCGGCAGCAUCAGCGUUGUAUCUGAUGAUAGAACCCGAGGAUGAAGAGACUGUGAUGAGGAUGGCGACGAGGACGGAGAGGAGCUGGAAGACUUGGAGGAUUUAA